UUCUCGUCGAAAUUAAUUUGUCUUUUGUUGGUCUUUCUUUUGUGAAAUAGUCUUCAAAAUAAAGGGAGCAUUUUCGAUAACAUUUUGUAAUUACGAACCUGGAUUUGAAACAGCAAAAUGGCAGGGUCGGACGUAGUGGAUUUGGAUCUCACUAUUGACGAUUUAGUUCCAAAAAGUCCCGAGAGAUUGGCUGAAGAAAAAAAAGAGAGUGGAAACCAUUUAUACAAGUUCAAGAAUUACAAGGGUGCUCUCACCAUGUAUGAUGAAGCAAUAAAGCUGUGUCCAGAAAAUGCUGCCUAUUAUGGGAACAGAUCUGCUUGCUACAUGAUGUUGGGCAUGUACAAAAAGGCCCUGGAAGAUGCUCAGAAGGCAGUUGCACUGGAUCCCUCAUUCACAAAAGGCUACAUUCGAAUUGCUAAAUGUUGUAUAGCUCUAGGUGACUUGUCUGGUGGGGAGCAAGCAGUAACUCGCGCCAGUGAGCUCGGGGGCGCGGAUUGCGCGACCAGUGAGCGACGGGCUCUAGAGUCACUGAGAAAGCUACAUGAGGAAGGUCAGCGCGCCAUGGAGGCGGCCGACUACCGCCGCGUCGUGUUCUGCAUGGACCGUUGUCUAGACUACAGCCCCUCUUGCUCCAAGGCGAAGCUAAAAAAAGCGGAAUGUCUGGCGUUAUUAGGACGUUGCCAGGAAGCACAGGAAAUCGCAAAUGAUUCUUUACGAUUUGAUAGUCUAGAUGCUGAGGCCAUUUAUGUGCGCGGCCUAUGCCUUUAUUUUGAGGACAAAGACGAACAAGCUUUCAAACAUUUCCAACAAGUGUUACGGCUUGCCCCAGACCACAAAAAAGCAAUGGAAACAUACAAAAAGGCUAAACUUCUGAAACAAAAGAAAGAAGAAGGUAAUGAGGCAUUCAAAAUGGGUAGAUGGCAGCAAGCUCUCACUUUGUACAACGAAGCACUCACAGUAGAUAAGAAGAACAAAACUGUAAAUGCUAAACUCUAUUUUAACAAAGCUACCGUUUGUGCUAAGCUGAAUCAAAUCAAGGAAGCAGCUGAGGCCUGCACUGCUGCCCUGGAAUUGGACGAAAAUUAUGUCAAAGCACUCCUGAGACGUGCCAAGUGUUACACUGACCUUGGUGAGCAUGAAGAGGCAGUCAAAGACUACGAAAGACUGUACAAAAUUGACAAAAGCAAGGAGAACAAACAAUUGCUGCAUGAAGCAAAAAUAGCAUUAAAGAGGUCUAAGCGAAAGGACUAUUACAAAAUCCUUGGUGUAGAUAAAUCUGCUUCAGAAGACGACAUCAAAAAAGCUUACAGGUAAAAAAUCCUUUUCUAAAUAAAAUAAAAUCAGACCACAUAAAAACAAUAAUUCUUAUCCUUUACCUAAACGUAAAGUCUAUAAAUAAAGUUAACAGUUAGUGCCAUCCCAACAAACAUAAUAGGUAGAUCUAAAUUGCAGAUCACUGUUUGAGUUAAAUGGCACCAACUCCAUUGCUAAUUUGCUAAAAAACUUACUAACUAAAAUAUAUUCUAUAACUUUAAGAGUAUCUGGAUAGUGCUUAGUAUUAUUAAAAUAAUUCAAUUGUUGCAUGGCGCUAAGUAUAUGUAUAGCCUUUCUUGUUAAAUGAACUAUCCAACUUAAAAGGAUUUUUAAAUUUGAAUCAGUAGUUCCGGAUAUUAGUAUAUUUACCAACUAAAGUACCAAGAGCACCCACACUAGAGUCGUAGUGAGAAAUCGAAAGUUGUUGAUGAACGGAACCCUAGAGAUUGGAAUGGUCAGGUGUAACAGAACGUCAAGGUCGGAUAACAAAUUUGGCGAAACGAUCUAUCGCCGUUGUUCGACGCCUGAAGUAGGAAACGUGCCUUAGUCCACCACCCGGAUCGCCACGCGGGCGCUACGGACAACGAGCGCCGCGAACAAGAGCGCCGCUUCAAGGAAGUCGGCGAGGCUUACGGCGUGCUCAGCGACCCGAAGAAACGAGCGCGCUACGACCACGGACACGAUCUCGACGACGACGGCUCCGGGAUGCCAGAUAUCGAUCCUAACGUAGUGUUCCAGACAUUCUUCAACCGCGGAGGGCAAAACUUUGGAUUCCAAUCAGACGGUGGUUACCCUGGAACAGCAUUUAGCUUCCAGUUUGGUUAAAUGUUAUUUGCUUACAUUCGUUAAUUGGCAAGUUAUGUAAUAAAAACAAAACACUCUGUUUAUUGUAUAGCAUAAAAUAGCUCCCAAUCAAUGUUAUAGUUAUGUAAUAUUUGAAUUGCAGAAUGUUGAAGAUAUACCAGAAUUUUAAAAAUUAAUAGAUUGAAACUACACAUUUUUGCGUACAUUACGAUGUGUCCCAUGCUGGACGAAAGAUUGUAUUGAAUUAUAUUAAUUGGGUAAGCUCUACAUUAAUUACAUACAUAUAUUUAACAUUUUGUAUUUUAAACGUGAGACGUAACAUAGAAUUAUCGUUCAUUCCCAACGAAUUAGAAAUGAUAUGGAAGCAUAACUCUCCAGCAAAGGCCGCUAAAACAUGGUUCUAAACUCACACAACUAAACUUCAAUACUAACGCGACACGCACACAGCAUAAACAAUAACUUUGACAGAUAAAACAUCAGCAAAUUAAUUCGGCUGUCCAUUCUUUGGGUACGAAAAUGUUAAACGGAAAUCCCAACCAAUCGCAUGAUCGGCUUGUUGAUUGCAGUUUUUUUUCACCGCCCACUAGAUCGCAGUUAGCGUGGAACCACUUUUUAGCGCAGUGCGUAUUCCAUAUUAUUUCUAAUUCGUUGCUCAUUCCAUUCUAAAUUAAUUAUAUAUCAGGUAUUAGAAAUACAAAAUUGAUAACUAAUAUUUUGUAACGAUGCAAUAUCAUUUUACUAAAAUACCUCUCCCAUGCUGCAGUUUAUUAAAAAAUAUGAUUUAUAACAAGCAAAUAACAGCGGAGUGCAUAUGCACUUAUUAAUAUUAAUAGCCUUAAUGAUAUUUGUCAAAACCUGCGCACGGUGUGUGAAUGUAUUUUAGCAUUGGGAAUUUUAUAAUUGUAUGUACAAAAUAAGGACUGCCUUAUUGUACUGCCUGAAUUACUCUGGUGAUGAUACAUAAUAAACUUAUUUAGUAGUUAUUAUUAUAUUGACUGAUUUGUUUAAGUAAAUUUAAUUUUCAUGCACUUGUGUAUGCUACAUGCAAAUUUCUUGCAUAAAACUGAGUCCAAGUCGAUGAUACGGUCGUAUAUACUUCCCUAUAUUGUAUAAUAAAACUUAAUAAUUGAUCAUAAUAUAAUCUAACAUUUAAUAAAAGCCAAAUACACUUAAAUUCUGCUGUUUGGGAUCCUAAAAUUAUAAUUGAGUAUGCAUAAAUAGUCC